UUGCUACAGUUGUCAACCGAGAAGUUGAAAUGUGGUCGAAUACUGGCGCUGACGAAUGCUAUGGCUUUACAAACGAUGCAAAUGUGCAGGAGACAAAUCCUGAACAAAAUGCAACGGAAGAUCACACGGAAUCGUAUGAAAACAGUGACAGUUGGUCAGCGUAUUAUCAAAACUAUCCAUCCAACUUCAAUGGAGCAGAGAACUACGGGUUUGCUGGCUGGGAGAAUAACAUCGACCCUCAAGGCAUUUGGAAUCAGAGUAGCACAUGGACAACAGAAUCAUCACAGAACCCUGAAUCUUCUUGGUCAAUGGAUACUGACGAAGUUGGAAAAGCAGAAAUGUACAACGGAUAUGAUGCUGAACCUCAGUACAGUUCCUGGCAAGACGAGCAACAGCUGCAACAGCCGGGUGGAGACCAAGCCAUUGAUAUUGUUCCUGAAGAACAGCAACCGUUGGGGGCAAGAUCUUACACUGCGUUGGACUUGGAGCAAUGUGAUGACAUCGCCAGCCUGGAAUCAAUGUAUAAAACAAUCAUGUGUGAAUUAGAGUAUCUGGAAGAAAAAAUUCACUGGGAAGAAGAAAACGGCGAAAAAGAAUUACAACAAGAAUACGAAAAAAUCGAUUCACUUUACGAGAAUCAAGUUGCCGUAAUGGAGAACAGUCUUGCAAGCAACGAGACAACCAUCUUCAAUGCAGCCUACGUCACAGCCGAUAUGAAGGCAAAAACAAAACAGAUCAUCGCUCAAGCCAAAAGCAUUGCAAACCAAACUGACGAUUACGAGGCUGCCAUAUUUGAACAAGAAAGGAAACUUAAAGGACAGGCCAAAAUUUACGGAGAAGAGGGAAAUGAAAUACUUGCAAAAGUAUAUGAAUUGGAUUCGAUAAUUGCCGAUGAAAAGGAGGUCCAUGAUGAGGAGAUUGAAGACAUUGAUGUGGCCAUAAAGCAGAUGGAAGACAAAGUUGAGGGCGUCAACAACUGCAUUGAAAGGUUUGUGGAGAAUGCAAGGAAGAAGCUUGACUCAGAGAAAGAAGAUUUGAGGAAGCAACUUGCAGAAAAGGAAAGAAUUAUUAGUGAAAUGAAGAGGAAGAAUUCAUCGAUGAUUGACACCUUGAAUAAGUCGGAGAAGAAGCUGAAUUGGAAGCAGAAAAUUCUGAGAUUCUUCAGACGCUAACAGAAACGAAGGGAUUUUAUAUCUGUUAAUGUUGCAGUUGCAAUAUAUUCUAUUUUAUCUUAUUGCUUGAAGCACGACUUAUCUUCUGUAAUUUUUUAAUUAUAUCUAAAUUAUAACGAUUUUACUUUGAAAUAUUUGUUUUUAUUGUCAGUUUCUACGUGAAAGCAUUUAUGUAUGAAUGUUUUGUUUUACCGACCGUAUAG